AAGAUCCGAAAUGCGAAUUUGCCGUAACGCUUUUUUGCACUGUGAUUGAUUCCGCGUCACAUCAUUUCUAAUUUCGUCGAGUUGCUAAAGAAGCAAAUGAGGUAUUAAAUUUAUAGGGACCUUUCCCUAUCUUCACCAAACUGUUCUCAUUCUCUAUCAUUCAUAUUCAUCUAUCACAAACACACACACAACCAUCAUCACUAGCUCCUUCCUUCACUCGUUCUCGAGCUCUCCAGAUCUUGUCUCUCCCGGCAGCCAUGGCGGAGAAGGUGACCAAAAUGUUGAUAAAGGUGGAUCUGCAGUGCUCGCGCUGCUACAGGAAGAUCAAGAAAAUCCUCUGUAAAUUUCCCCAAAUCCGAGACCAGAUAUACGAUGAGAAGCAGAACACGGUGACGAUCACCGUCCUGUGCUGCAGCCCGGAGAAGAUCCGGGACAAGAUCAUCUGCAAGGGCGGCGAGACGGUGCAGAGCGUCGAGAUCCUGCCCGACAAGCCCAAGGAGCCCGAGAAGAAGCCGGAGAAGCCCAAGGAGCCUGAGAAGAAACCCGAGAAGCCGAAGGAGCCCGAGAAGAAACCGGAGAAGCCGAAGGAGCCGGAGAAGAAACCCGAGAAGCCCAAAGUUGUGAUCGUCGAGCCUCCGAAAGAAACCCCCAAGCCCACUCCCGCUCCAGCGCCGGCACCUGCACCUGCACCACCCCCGAAAGCCCCCGAACCGGCCCCGCCGAAGCCUCCGGCGCCGACACCAGCACCGCCGCCCCCGAAGGCGCCAGAGCCGGUGUCAGGCUACCCGCCAGUGCCGAUGUAUCCGAUGGUGGGGGUGUGCUGUUGUCCAUGUUAUGUAGGGUAUGGUGGGGGACCAUGUUAUUGUCAUGGGCAGGGGAGGCCGGUGAUGUGCCACGAUGGAUGCGGAAGACCGGCUUACGAGUGUCAAGGUGGGAACAGGGGUUACUACGUGAGCCGGUGCGAUUACUUCAGUGAAGAAAAUGCCGCUGGAUGCACCGUCAUGUGAAUCGAGUUCAAACUUUCUCACGUCGAUUGUCAAUGUAAUAACUCAGUGAAAGAUGCAUAAGUCAAUUUUUGAGGGCUAUCUUAGGUUCUUUAUCUUCUUCGUGGGUAUAGAAAGAUUUGAUAAGGUUGGUGGUCUGGUAUAGUGUGGUAUAUGUGGUCAAAUAAUUGUCCAACACAUGACUUGUUACUUGUCGAUUUCUUCAUUUCAAUAAAACUCUAAGUCCCUUUCAUGUC